AUGCUGGCCCUAUUCAUCCUUCCUACAGAUUUGAUACUUCCAAUCACGACUACGCCAUUGCAAGAGGCAGAGCUCCCAACUGCCACACUCCCAUUUGUUCCCAUUAUCACCACAGUAACAUCUAUUCAGAAUCCACGUUGGACAUGGACAACGCGUGGCCCUUUUGCACCGUCGUCUUCUAUUCUUGCCGGAGCAGGAGGUGGAAUUAAGAACUCAACUAUUGGAGAUUCAAACAAGGAACCUACUCUUGUACUUUACGGUCUUUCAAAUACGUUAGCCUUUGUGGUCUGCUUGAUGCUCAUCCCGUCAGUCUUUGUCUGGUGCUGCAUGCGACGUCCAAUCUCCAGGUAG